UGUUCAUUUAUUUAAUUUUGGAUCAUUUUCAACAUCUUCGGCCACCACAGCCACGAGAGAGAGCAGAGCCAGCAGGCAGUAUAACAGAGGGAUGGAGGACAUGAAGAGAAAGAUGGAGGCUGAAAAGAAAGGAAUGGAAGAGAAGUGGAAGACUUCAGCAAAACUCAUGGUCCUGAAGGAGAGGGAGUUUUGGGAGAGAAACAGGCAGCAGCUGCUUGAUGAAAAUAAGACCAUGCAGAGAAAGCUGUCCGUCAAUGAAGGCCACAACAGAAAGUUAAAGUCUGACCUCUGGAAGGCAAGGGACGAGGUCAACUCUCUUCACCACCAUCUCUUUUCUCUGACGGAGAAAUAUAAUGCAACUAUAGUUGCUGUAACGGAGUUGAAUAAAGAGCGUGAGAAGGCAGAGGAGGACAUGAAAAAGAGAGACCAAGAUAUCAUGUCCCUUCAACAGAGCCUCCGCGAUCAGACAGAGGAAAGUAAGAGGAUGGGAGCCCCUGUUGAGGAAUGCAAAUCAACCAGUGGGUUGAAGAGCAUGGAGAUGUGGCAAAAAAAGAUCAGCAAGCUUGAGGACCUCCUCAUUGAUAAAGAUCAACAGAUCAACAGGGCCAAUAACAAAAGACGAGCUCGCACAAACGCUCAUGUGGUGACCUUGGCCCAGCUGAAUGAAUCUGAGUCAGCUCUGAAAGAGAGCAAACUCUCUUGUGACGCUCUUGAGGAAAAAAUCAGAAAGCAGCUGGAGAGCCACCAGAAAGUGCUCAAAGAGAGGGAAGAGAGAUAUCAGAAAGGGCUCAAAGAGAAAGAAGAAAGCUUCAGGAAGCAGCUGGCACAAAAAGAUGAGUACCAGAAGGAGCUCUCAGAGCAGGUGGAAAGAAACCAGAACAAGUUCUCUGACACAAAGGAGGACAUGAAAAAGCAGCUUUCGGAGAAAGAAGAGAAGCUCCAGAAAGAGCUCAAAGAUAGAAAGGAGCACUUCAGGAAGAAGCUGGCACAAAGAGAGGAGUACCAGAAGGAGCACUUAGAGAAAGGACAGAGUCCCCAGAAAGAUCUCAAAAGGAGAGUAGAGCACUUCCAGAAAGAGCUCACAGAGAGAGAUGAUAACCUCCAGAAAGUGCUCAAAGAGACGGAAAAGAGCCAUCAGAAAGAGCUCAAAGACACAGUAGAGGGCCUCCAGAAAGUGCUCAAAGAGAGGGAAAAGAGCCAUCAGAAAGAGCUCAAAGACACAGUAGAGGGCCUCCAGAAAGUGCUCAAAGAGAAAGAAGAAAGCUUCAGGAAGCAGCUGGCACAAAAAGGCGAGUACCAGAAGGAGCUCUCAGAGCAGGUGGAAAGAAACCAGAACAAGUUCUCUGACACAAAGGAGGACAUGAGAAAGCAGCUUUCGGAGAAAGAAGAGAAGCUCCAGAAAGAGCUCACAGAGAGAGAAGAUAACCUCCAGAAAGUGCUCAAAGAGAGGGAAAAGAGCCAUCAGAAAGAGCUCAAAGAGACAGUAGAGGGCCUCCAGAAAGUGCUCAAAGAGAAAGAAGAAAGCUUCAGGAAGCAGCUGGCACAAAAAGACGAGUACCAGAAGGAGCUCUCAGAGCAGAUGGAAAGAAACCUGACCAGAAAGAAAAAGAAAGAAAAAACCCUCCGGAAAGAGCUCAAAGAGAGAGAAGACAGCCACCAAAAGGAACUCAAAGAAAGAGAAGAGAGCAACCAGAAAGUGCUCAAAGAGAAAGAAGAAAGCUUCAGGAAGCAGCUGGCACAAAAAGACGAGUACCAGAAGGAGCUCUCAGAGCAGGUGGAAAGAAACCAGAACAAGUUCUCUGGCACAAUGGAGGACAUGAGAAAGCAGCUUUCGGAGAAAGAAGAGAAGCUCCAGAAAGAACUCACAGAGAGAGAAGAUUACCUCCAGAAAGUGCUCAAAGAGAGGGAAAAGAGCCAUCAGAAAGAGCUCAAAGACACAGUAGAGGGCCUCCAGAAAGAGCUCAAAGAGAGAGAAGACAGACACCAAAAGGAACUCAAAGAGAGAGAAGAGAGCCUCUUGAAAGUACUCAAAGAGAGAGAUGAGAGCAACCAGAAAGUGCUCAAAGAGAAAGAAGAAAGCUUCAGGAAGCAGCUGGCACAAAAAGACGAGUACCAGAAUGAGCUCUCAGAGCAGGUGGAAAGAAACCAGAACAAGUUCUCUGACACAAAGGAGGACAUGAGAAAGCAGCUUUUGGAGAAAGAAGAGAAGCUCCAGAAAGAGCUCAAAGAGAGAAAGGAGCACUUCAGGAAGAAGCUGGCACAAAGAGAGGAGUACCAGAAGGAGCACUUAGAGAAAGGACAGAGUCCCCAGAAAGAUCUCAAAAGGAGAGUAGAGUGCUUCCAGAAAGAGCUCACAGAGAGAGAAGAUAACCUCCAGAAAGUGCUCAAAGAGAGGGAAAAGAGCCAUCAGAAAGAGCUCAAAGACACAGUAGAGGGCCUCCAGAAAGUGCUCAAAGAGAAAGAAGAAAGCUUCAGGAAGCAGCUGGCACAAAAAGACGAGUACCAGAAGGAGCUCUCAGAGCAGGUGGAAAAAAACCUGACCAGAAAGAAAAAGAAAGAAAAAACCCUCCGGAAAGAGCUCAAAGAGAGAGAAGACAGCCACCAAAAGGAACUCAAAGAAAGAGAAGAGAGCAACCAGAAAGUGCUCAAAGAGAAAGAAGAAAGCUUCAGGAAGCAGCUGGCACAAAAAGACGAGUACCAGAAGGAGCUCUCAGAGCAGGUGGAAAGAAACCAGAACAAGUUCUCUGGCACAAUGGAGGACAUGAGAAAGCAGCUUUCGGAGAAAGAAGAGAAGCUCCAGAAAGAACUCACAGAGAGAGAAGAUUACCUCCAGAAAGUGCUCAAAGAGAGGGAAAAGAGCCAUCAGAAAGAGCUCAAAGACACAGUAGAGGGCCUCCAGAAAGAGCUCAAAGAGAGAGAAGACAGACACCAAAAUGGACUCAAAGAGAGAGAAGAGAGCCUAUUGAAAGUACUCAAAGAGAGAGAUGAGAGCAACCAGAAAGUGCUCAAAGAGAAAGAAGAAAGCUUCAGGAAGCAGCUGGCACAAAAAGACGAGUACCAGAAUGAGCUCUCAGAGCAGGUGGAAAGAAACCAGAACAAGUUCUCUGACACAAAGGAGGACAUGAGAAAGCAGCUUUUGGAGAAAGAAGAGAAGCUCCAGAAAGAGCUCAAAGAGAGAAAGGAGCACUUCAGGAAGAAGCUGGCACAAAGAGAGGAUAUCAUGUCCCUUCAACAGAGCCUCCGCGAUCAGACAGAGGAAAGUAAGAGGAUGAGAGCCCCUGUUGAGGAAUGCAAAUCAACCAGUGGGUUGAAGAGCAUGGAGAUGUGGCAAAAAAAGAUCAGCAAGCUUGAGGACCUCCUCAUUGAUAAAGAUCAACAGAUCAACAGGGCCAAUAACAAAAGACGAGCUCGCACAAACGCUCAUGUGGUGACCUUGGCCCAGCUGAAUGAAUCUGAGUCAGCUCUGAAAGAGAGCAAACUCUCUUGUGACGCUCUUGAGGAAAAAAUCAGAAAGCAGCUGGAGAGCCACCAGAAAGUGCUCAAAGAGAGGGAAGAGACAUAUCAGAAAGGGCUCAAAGAGAAAGAAGAAAGCUUCAGGAAGCAGCUGGCACAAAAAGAUGAGUACCAGAAGGAGCUCUCAGUGCAGGUGGAAAGAAACCAGAACAAGUUCUCUGACACAAAGGAGGACAUGAAAAAGCAGCUUUCGGAGAAAGAAGAGAAGCUCCAGAAAGAGCUCAAAGAUAGAAAGGAGCACUUCAGGAAGAAGCUGGCACAAAGAGAGGAGUACCAGAAGGAGCACUCAGAGAAAGGACAGAGUCCCAAGAAAGAUCUCAAAAGGAGAGUAGAGCACUUCCAGAAAGAGCUCACAGAGAGAGAAGAUAACCUCCAGAAAGUGCUCAAAGAGAGGGAAAAGAGCCAUCAGAAAGAGCUCAAAGACACAGUAGAGGGCCUCCAGAAAGUGCUCAAAGAGAAAGAAGAAAGCUUCAGGAAGCAGCUUGCACAAAAAGACGAGUACCAGAAGGAGCUCUCAGAGCAGGUGGAAAGAAACCUGACCAGAAAAAAAAAGAAAGAAAAAACCCUCCGGAAAGAGCUCAAAGAGAGAGAAGACAGCCACCACAAGGAACUCAAAGAGAGGGAAAAGAGCCAUCAGAAAGAGCUCAAAGACACAGUAGAGGGCCUCCAGAAAGUGCUCAAAGAGAAAGAAGAAAGCUUCAGGAAGCAGCUGGCACAAAAAGACGAGUACCAGAAGGAGCUCUCAGAGCAGGUGGAAAGAAACCAGAACAAGUUCUCUGACACAAAGGAGGACAAGAAAAAGCAGCUUUCAGAAAAAGAAGAAAGGCUUCAGAGAGAGCUCGAGCAGAGAAAGGAGAUCUUCAGGAAGAAGCUCGCUAAAAGAGAGGAGUACCAGGAGGAGCUCGCAGAGAAAGAAGAGAGUCCGGAGCUCUCAGAAAAAGAAGAGAGUCCCCAGAAAGAGCUCAAAGAGACAGCAGCUCAAACAGGAAAACAUCAAACUUCAUGAGCUCACAAGAAAAAAAAUAACCAGGACGGGAUCUUCUGGAGCUGGUUGUGUCUUCAGGCAUGAAAACAUACCCACAUAACGUGUCCCCUAAUUUAAUUAAAAAAAUCUACAUU